CUAACUAUUAGGAACUAACGGGAUUUGUUUUUAGUGCGUGUUUCUCUCUGGGAAGUAAAGUCAAGCAGGGUUGGAUAGCUCUUCCUGUCACAAAGUCGGCGGUUCCUACGUUGUUUUUUUUGUUUUUUUAAAUGUGGAUGUUGUGAUGAAGCCCGUCUCAUUGUGUGCUUCUGAUAACACCGUAAGUAUGGAUACUCUCGCUCGAAGGGAUGCUGGGUUUCCUGCGGGAGCGCCGCAAAGUUGCGGUCAGACGCCGUUAUUGGAGAUUUAGCUAGCUAGGUUUACUAAUGCGGACUGCUUAGCCCUGGAAACUUGUCGUAAAACACUGGUUGGUUGGCUGGACUGAAUGCUCCUUUUCCUGCUAUUCUUCUCCGCUUAGCAGCGCUUCCUGCUUGUGGUGGCCACUGCACUUAAUGGCUAAAAAUACAUUUAAAAAAAACAAAAAUUACCCUCCAAAUGGACAGCUGAAUGUACCUAGUGGCGACGGUCAUUUGUAAUACUGGUGUUUUACACGACAAGCUUUGGAUAGGCUACUUUUUAUUUGUGUCCUUACAACUUUUUUUAUAGUUUUUUUUUUUUAAAUCCGAACUCAACAGGUGGCAGUUUUGAAUGAGCGAAGGGAAGAGCUCAUUUACCCACGAGGCGGUGAUUCAAGAGCCUCUUUUAAAACACAGGCCAAUGGGCUCAAACCAUGUUGGGGAGACCACACAUCACUUGAACAGAGAGACAUUCCGUUUUAGACAGCGCUGCCUUUCUGAGCUUUUGAGCCCCUUCUCGUUAUCACACCAAAUCAACCUCUCAAACUCCUUCUGUAUUUUUCAAGGCGGAGAGCUUUGCAUGUGAUGUCCAGACGAAUGAAAGACACCUACCAUUCAGUUCUAUUUGAAUCCUCUCCUGCAGCCCGCUUGUUGGUCAAGCUCUUGAACUACAUUUCACUGGUCCCUGAUGAACCAACAAGAAAGACAGGAAAGGGAGCGAGGAGCGAUAAAGUACUCCUUUGUACUUUAUUUUCAAACCCUUUGGGUGCAAAAUCAGAUCCAGUCUAAACAUCUGCUUGAGGCUCCAUGGAGCCACUGAAGAACAUAUUCAGUCGUGGCCCACUGUCCAACUGGAAAAACUUGGAUCAAUCGCAGAAAGGGAACUUCACCAACCCUGUGUGGACAGCCUUAUUCGACUAUGAGGCGUCCUGUAAAGACGAGCUCACCUUGCGUAAGGGGGACCUGGUGGAAGUCCUAUCUCUGGACUCUGAGAUAUCCGGGGAUGAGGGCUGGUGGGCGGGUAAAGUCAACAACAAGGUGGGCAUCUUCCCGUCCAACUACGGCUCCUUCAAGCCAAACGGAUACGGGAAGCUUCCGGGCAGCACCGUUGUCGCCGAGCUCAACCCGGCCGUGGUGGGCGAGUUUGAACCCGACGUGCUGGAUUUCCGGGACCUGAAGCUGGAGGAGGUCAUCGGGGUGGGGGGCUUUGGGAAGGUGUACCGCGGGACGUGGCGAGGCCUGCUGGUGGCCGUGAAGGCCGCCCGGCAAGACCCUGACGAGGAUAUCAGCGUGACGGCGCAGAACGUCAGGCAGGAGGCGCGUUUGUUCGCCAUGCUCACUCACCCGAACAUCAUCGCCCUGAAGGGCGUCUGCCUGCAGGAACCCAACCUGUGCCUCAUCAUGGAGUACGCCUCGGGUGGGGCGCUGAGCCGGGCGCUGGCGGGGCGUCGCAUUCCUCCACACGUCCUGGUCAACUGGGCCGUGCAGAUAGCCAGAGGGAUGUUGUACCUGCACAGUGAGGCCAUCGUCCCCGUCAUCCAUCGGGAUCUCAAGUCCAACAACAUCCUUCUGGCUCAGCCCAUAGAGAAUGAAUGUAUGGAGGGUCUGACGUUGAAGAUCACGGACUUCGGCCUGGCCAGAGAGUGGCACAAGACCACCAAGAUGAGCACGGCCGGCACCUACGCCUGGAUGGCCCCCGAGGUCAUCAAGUCCUCCACCUUCUCCAAAGGCAGCGAUGUCUGGAGCUAUGGCGUUCUGCUGUGGGAGCUGCUAACAGGAGAGGCGCCCUACAAAGGGAUUGAUGGACUCGCCGUUGCCUACGGAGUCGCUGUCAACAAGCUCACCCUGCCCAUCCCUUCCACGUGCCCCGAACCUUUCGCUCAGCUCAUGUCAGAGUGCUGGGACCAGGACCCCCACCGCAGACCCAAUUUCAGCUCCAUCCUGGCCCAGCUGACGGCCCUGGAGCAGCAGGUGAAGGAAGAGAUGCCGCAGGAAUCCUUCCACUCCCUGCAGGAGGACUGGAAACUGGAGAUCCAGGACAUGUUUGACGAAAUCCGGGCUAAAGAGAAGGAGCUGCGAUGCCGCGAGGAGGAGCUGAAGCGAGCGGCUCUGGAGCAGAAGUCCCACGAAGAGUUCCUGCGGCAGCGCGAGCAGCAGCUGGCCCAGUGGGAGCAGGACGUGUUUGAGCGCGAGCUCAGCCUCCUCAUCCUCCACCUGAACCAGAACCAGAACCAGGAGAAGCCCAAUGUCAAGAAGAGGAAGGGCACCUUCAAGAAGCACAAGCUCAAGUGCAAGAACGGCGAGAAGAUCAGCAUGCCUCAAGAUUUCAUCCAUAAGAUCACAGUGCAGGCUUCCCCAGGCCUGGAGAAGAGGCGCAACUCUCCGGAUUUGGGUUCGGGCUCCUCACCCUCCUUCGGCCCACGCUUCCGUGCAAUUCAACUCAGUCCCAGCGACAACAGCCGUUCGUUUGGCCUGAGCUCGGCCUGGCCCCUCGAGGCCCCUUCUCAUAAACAAACCAACGGAGACCUGAGGUUGGGCCCCCACUGGAGGCCCCAGAGCCCAAAAAGUCCCAAAAGCCCUAAAGUCCUGCGCCUUAGUCCCCAGGAAAGCAGUCUGUCUAUGAGGGCCAAGCUGCUGGAGUCGGACAGCAAUGAGAGGGGGGAAUCCAAGGAUGACUUUGAGGAGUACAGACCCGGCGCGUCGACCCCUCCCGCUGCUCAGAACGGCUCGUCAGUGAAGGACAGCCUGCGGCUUCCUCUACCUCAGCGAGACUCGCUCAGCGAGGACGGGGGUUCCUCCCCGGCUGGCUCCCCCAGGCCCGAGAGGGGUUCCCUCGGCGGCCAAAUAAAGGGCACCCACCGGGCCCUGCUGGGCAGUGGCUCCCUCCUGGCCUCCAUAGGACUAGGACGCUGCCUGGAUAUUCCCCCAAGGGUGCCCCCUCGAACUAACUUCCCUUCCCUAGAGAACCGCACCCCCUCGGAACUAGAGAUCUCCUCCCCUAUGCCCCUCAUUUCAGACCCCCCCGUGGUGGACGAUCUCAUCACCUUCUCCACGUCCGAGCUGCUCCCCAGACCGCUCUUGGAUCUAGCUCUGCAGUACCAGGAACUGAAGCCCUUGCCGCUGACGCCGCCGCCACCCAACCCCCGGGAGAGGAGCGGCCACCGGACGCCACAGGUCCCGCACAGUCCGCAGAGCCCCAGGAGCCCCCCGCGGCACGGCAAGGCCAGCCCAGGGCAAUGGACCCCGUGUUCCCAUUCCACUAACGGGGAGCUGGGCUGUGUGGCCUGGGAGCCUAAAGCCGACAGGAGGAGGAGGUCCAGCCAAGGCCUGCACGCCUCUCAGCUAGUUUUGGACCUGCCCUUGUGCCAAGACACACAGGACUCUGAUGACAAGCCUUCGGUGGCCUCCUCUCUCAACCCUGCCCUCUGGAGCCCCAAAUCCCGCCGGCUGGAGGUCAGCGUCAUCCCCCGGCCCCGCCCGUCCCCCAUCCGCCCCCGCAUCGACCCCUGGAGCUUCAUCUCAGCCGGCGGCGGGAACUCAGCCGGCGGCCGCAGCCCCCACCGCUCGGACAGCAACCCUCUGGGCUACCAGCCCUCCCCUACCAACCCUUUCACCAACUGUGACCCCUUCCCCUCACCGGACUGUGACCCCUUCGCCCUGAAGGCUGACCCCUCGUGCGGCUCGGACGCGCCCUCCCCCUUCGACCCCUUCUCGGCUCCCUUCGCCACCUCCCGCUCGGCCCCGUGCUCCACCAACGGCUCGCCCACGCUGCCCUCGUUCCGCAUCGUGCCCCUCAACCUGGCCGACUCGCCCCUCAUCGACCUGGGCUGGGCGGCCUGCGGCAAGCCCCUGGACGGCACCAAAGAGAGAGCCCACCCCCGUAAGACAAUGGGGCUCAAGCCCUUCAAGUCCCCGACGCAACUCAGAGACGAUAGGUUCUAA